AUGCCAGCACAACCCGCAUUCACGCCCGUCGCGGCACGGCGCACACUCAUGAAAGAGCCGGCGCCUGCUCCGACCAAGACGGAUUUCCAGCCAGAAGUCGUUGAUUACGUUCAGCGCGCGUUCUUUGAGUUUAAUAAAAUCAAGGGUACACCAGCCUGUGCGGGCAUCAACGAUGACCACGUCCGGGACAAAUUGUCAAGCAUAGUCAACAACUCAGCCGCAGACGGGUCUGCAUACGCGAGAGACUGGUCGCUUUUCCCGUUACCACACGAAUUGCUUCUUCAAGAGCGUUCAAACACGGCCUUGCGAGUAGAGCAAGACGCCAUCCUAGCUAACAUCAAUGCAUCAUCGGAUUCCACCCCAAAUCACACACUUUCUCCCGGCUCAAACUCCAGAAAACGGAAGUCCCCCGACCAGGAAGUAGAAUGCAGCGGAGAGAUGCCUGUCACCCCGCCGUGGAAAAAGAAGAACACCAAGAGCCUAGCAGAUCGUAUCACCGGCAAGAGUAAGGACCAGGAUAAGAAGCGCAAGGAGAACGGCACCGCGCAAGGCAGUUGGUUCGAUACCAGCUCGGACGCACUCGAGAGGCGGAGGCAACGUUUUGGUCACGUUUCUCCUGAACCAUCCCCCUUUCUUCAUUCUUCUCGUGACCAAUCUCCAGCUGCCAAUGUCGACGCUGGACCGAUCAUCGGAACUUGCCAGAUUCUCGAAAAGAGCUAUUUCAGAUUGACUGCACCGCCCAACCCCAGCACCGUCCGGCCGCCGGCCGUACUGGAGAAGGCACUUGAGGCUAUCCUGAAGAAAUGGAAAGAGGAGCAUGACUACACGUAUGUCUGUGAUCAGCUGAAGUCUGUGCGUCAGGAUCUCACGGUCCAACGCAUCAAAACGCCAUUCACCAUCCGAGUAUACGAGAUGCACGCUCGUAUCGCACUAGAGAUGAAGGACCUGGGUGAGUACAAUCAAUGUCAGACGCAGCUCCGCGCGUUGUACCGAUUGAAAUUGGGCGAGAAUGGCACCAGUGGAGGCAGGCAGGAUGAGUUCACCGCGUAUCGCAUUCUGUAUUUGAUUUAUACGCGCAGCCGGGCCGACAUGAACAACAUGUUGGCGGAUCUAACUACAGCAGACAAGAAGGGCAGCUUCGUGCAGCUCGCACUCAAGGUGCGGGCAGCCUUGGCCUCGGGCAACUAUCACAGAUUCUUCCAGCUCUACAGCCAGUCGCAGAACCGCAACAUGGUUCCUUACCUAAUGGACAUGUUCAUUGAGCGGGAGCGUCUGGGAGCAAUGGCGGCAAUGUGCCGAGCGUAAGUGCUGUUGCGUUUGCAUGUAGAAGAUGGAUGCUUGCUGACGACGUUGCAGAUACAAACCCGACGUCAGCAGCCUCUUCCUUACCCAGGAGCUCGCUUUUGAGUGCGAGGAAGCGGAGCUGUUCGAAGGCGAUGUACAUCAGGCGUGCCUCGACUUCGUAGCGCGGUAUAGCGGCGACCGACUGAUACAACCCAAGGACGACGACAUCCGUGUGUUGACCGGCAAAGCUGGCAACAUCUUCGAAGACGCCAAGAAGGCAGCCUUUGGCUCGGUGGACAUCAAAGGACAGAUAUGA